AUGACAAGCAGAGACAGCUAAAAAAAAAAGAAGAAGGGAAACGAAGGAUGCACACACUUACACACACAUAGACAUACACUGGAAUCCAAGCGGAGUGGGUAGGACGUGCGAUGGAUGGAUGUCCGCCCUCCUGGCCGCCCUUCCCCCCUUUUUGGAGCCGCCCCUUCCGCCUGUUGGCCCGGCUAACUGUGUAAAUGGCAAAGCGACAGCAGCAUUUGCUAACUUUGCUGCAGCAGCAACAAAGGCCAAAGCACAGCCCCAACAAAAACUACAUAAAUGUAUCUAUAUCUAUAUCUAUAUCUAUCUAAGCGAUGGCCGUGCAUUGUAUUGCAGUUACGUGCUCGAUGGUCCAGCAAAAUGGCGAGGCGAAAAAAAUCUCUGAAACAAAAUCAACAAAGAAGCACCAAGAACAGCAGGGGUCUUGUCGUUGCGAAAGUCUUGAAUACACUACUUGUAUAAACAUUUAAGAAGCACUUCUCCUUAA